CUUCCGGAAGCAACGUGAGUCGAAAAUGUUCACAUGUGUGUUGAAUGUAAUGCACAUUCUCGUACAAAAAUAACAUAUUAUAAUAUAUGGGGACGCAACACUACCAUACACAGCGUUUGAACCGUAAAGCAUGGGGCAAACAAGCUUAGAAAAGAUCAUUGCGCUACAGAAGAACCCUUCCAACAUCAGGAACCUGUGUAUUCUGGCGCAUGUUGACCAUGGCAAAACAACUCUGGCCGAUUGCCUUGUUGCGAGCAAUGGUAUCAUAUCAAGCCGCCUAGCUGGGAAGCUGCGGUACCUGGACAGCCGAGAGGAUGAGCAGCUCAGAGGGAUCACCAUGAAGUCCAGCGCUAUCUCUCUGCACUACGCAGCUGGAGAAAAGGACUUCCUGAUCAACCUGAUAGACUCCCCGGGUCAUGUAGACUUCUCCUCUGAGGUGUCCACAGCGGUCAGGCUAUGCGACGGAGCCAUCGUGAUUGUGGAUGCGGUGGAAGGCGUCUGUCCACAGACUCAGGCUGUGCUACGUCAGGCCUGGCUGGAGAACAUCCGUCCUGUCCUGGUCAUCAACAAGAUAGACAGACUGAUCAUGGAGCUGAAACUCUCGUCUCAGGAAGCAUACAAACACCUGCAGAAGAUUCUGGGACAGGUAAAUGCUGUGACAGGGGCUCUUUUCACAUCCAAAGUGCUGGAGGAGCGAGCAGACAAGGAGGAGGAGAAGAAGGAGAAGGAGGCGCAGGGGAGGGAGGAGGAGGAGGAGGAGGAGGGGAGGGAGGCCCCUGUGGAUGUGCUGAGCCCGGGAGAGCAGGUGUACGACUGGAGCGCAGGUCUGGAGGAGACGGAUGACUCCCACCUCUACUUCUCUCCAGACCAGGGCAACGUGGUCUUCUCCAGCGCCAUCGACGGAUGGGGCUUCAGCAUCCAGCAGUUUGCUGACAUCUACAGCCAGAAGAUGGGCAUCAGGACAGGAGUCCUGCUGAAAACGCUGUGGGGAGACUUCUACCUCAACGCUAAAGCCAAGAAGAUCAUGAAGGGAGCUCAGGCAAAAGGGAAGAAGCCUCUCUUCGUGCAGCUUGUUCUAGACAGCAUAUGGAGUUUAUACGACGCUGUCGUCAUUCAGAGAGACAAGGACAGGGUGGAGAAGAUGGUGUCGUCUCUGGGGGUGAAGGUGCUGGCCAGAGACUCCCGUCACUCAGACCCCAAAGUCCUCCUCGCUGCCAUCUGCAGUCAGUGGCUCCCGGUCUCACAGGCAGUGUUGUCCAUGGUGUGUGAGAAGCUGCCCAGCCCUCUGGACAUGGUGUCAGAGAGGGUGGAGAGGCUGAUGAGCCUGGGGGCGCGGAGGUUUGACUCUCUGCCCCAACAGACCCAGGAGCUGAAGACUGCCUUCCUCCAGUGCUCCAGUGAAGAGUCGGCCCCGGUCAUUGUGUUUGUGUCCAAGAUGUUCGCCGUCGAGGCCAAGGCCUUGCCCCAGAACAAGCAGAGACCACUGACCAAAGAAGAGUUGGCAGAGCGCAGAGAGAAGGCCAGACAGCGACAUGCUGACAGGAUGGUGGCCAAUCAGCAAGCUGAAGCACAGGAAGGCUGCAGCCAAUCAGGAAAUAGUUCCCAGACUGUCCAUCCUGCAGAAGAAAAUAGUUCAGGUGGCUCUGCAGGUGGCUCCGGGGUCUCGGCCCAGAUGGAGACUCUGAGUGUUGCCAGGCCUGAGCAGGUGGAACAGAAGGAGGUGUUCCUGGCCUUCGCCAGGGUCUACAGUGGAGUGGUGAGGAGAGGCCAGCGAGUGUUCGUACUGGGCCCCAAGUACGACCCUGCCCAGGGGCUGCGAGCGCUGUCUGAUGGCUGUGCAGCAGGUGAGCCUGCACCCCCUGUACCCCACCUGCAGAGCUGUUCUGUGGACCACCUGUACCUGCUUAUGGGCAGGGAGCUGGAGGAACUGGAGGAAGUGCCCUCAGGGAACGUUCUAGGUAUCGGAGGUUUGGAAGAGAGCGUGUUGAAGUCCGCGACCCUCUCCACCUCCCCCGCCUGCCCCCCCUUCACGCCACUCAACUUCGAGGCCACACCCAUCGUACGUGUGGCCAUCGAGCCCAAGCACCCCAGUGAGAUGCCUAAGCUGGUGCGUGGGAUGCGGCUACUGAACCAGGCUGACCCGUGUGCCGAGGUCCUCAUCCAGGAGACGGGAGAACACGUGCUGGUGACGGCAGGCGAGGUCCACCUGCAGCGCUGCCUGGACGACCUCAGGACCAGGUUUGCUAAGAUAGAGAUCAGUGCCUCCAAGCCCAUCAUCCCCUUUAGAGAGACGCUAGUCCGGCCUCCCAAGGUGGACAUGGUCAACGAGGACCUGGGGAGACAACACAAGGUGGCUGUCAUACACCAGGUGAAAGAGGAGGCGUUGCAUGGCCGCUACUCAGACACCCUCCAUCUGGACCCCAGCGGCCUGGUCACCCUGACGACCCCCAACCGACAAGCCACCCUGGGGGUCUGCGCCACCCCCCUCCCUGAAGAGGUGACCCGCCUGCUGGAGAGCAGCGCUGAGCUGAUCCGGACUCUGGAGCAGGUGAACCUGUCUGUGAGAGAGGGGAGACUCAUGGACGUGAGCCCCAGGACCCUGGAGGCUAUCGUGGGGCUGAAGGCCAGCCUGGAGAGACUCCUGCCAGGACGGAAGUGGAAGAACGCGGUGGAGCAUAUCUGGGCCUUCGGACCGCGGAGGUACGGACCCAACCUCCUGCUGAACAGCGUGGAGGGCUACCGCAGGUCGUCCGUGUGGCAGUGCCUGGAGGGGGGGGGCCGGGCGGAGGCGGGGGAGCAGACCGUCAGGGACUACGACAACAGCAUCGUCAGCGGCUUCCAGCUGGCCACCCUGGCCGGGCCCCUGUGUGAGGAGCCGCUCAUGGGAGUCUGCUUCUCCCUGGAGACGUGGGAUAUGAAGUCCACCCCCCAGCCUACGCACCAGGACUCCGUGGUGGAGGACUCCAACUCCCAAGAUGCCUCGGUGGCGGCGGAGGCCGGAGGAGCUCAGAUGGAGAGCGCGGCGGCGCCGUCGCCUGGACUUGGCCGGCGGCGGGCGGAGCCUGGGGCGUCGACGGACUGCUACGGGCCGUCCUCUGGCCAGCUGAUCGCCACCAUGAAGGAGGCGUGUCGACACGCCUUCCAGGCCCGGCCCCAGAGGCUGAUGGCUGCCAUGUACACCUGCGAGAUCAUGGCCAUGGCAGAGGUCCUGGGUCGUGUGUACGGUGUCCUGGGGAAGAGGGAAGGCCGUGUUCUUCACGAGGAGAUGAAGGAGGGAACAGACAUGUUCAUCAUCAAAGCUGUGCUCCCUGUGGCCGAGAGCUUCGGAUUCGCUGAUGAGAUACGCAAGAGGACCAGCGGGCUGGCCAGUCCUCAACUGGUCUUCAGCCACUGGGAGGUGAUCUCCAGUGACCCGUUCUGGGUUCCUACCACAGAAGAAGAGUACCUCCACUUUGGAGAGAAGGCCGACUCCGCCAAUCAAGCUCUGAAGUACAUGAACGCUGUCCGCAGGCGCAAGGGGCUGUACGUGGAGGAGAAGAUCGUGGAGCACGGAGAGAAACAGAGGACUCUCGGCAGGAACAAGUAGAGACUUGUGUGACUGGUCUUGUCUGGUCUGGUUCAGACAAGUAUGGACCAGCCUGUUUUGGUCAUAUCAGGUUCAGAUUGGUUUGGAAGAGUCUGGUCUGGUUCAGACUGGUUUAGACUAGCCUGGCCUGGUCUGGUGAGGAGAGAGAGCGAGCGAGCGCUGGGGCCAGCCUGUGUGAAGCUCCAGGGAGACCUCAGUGCACCAGCCUCCGUUACAGCUAUGCAUAUCUGAAGAGUGUUCUUGCUAAAAAUCUAGCAGUUUCACUUUGGUGAAGUGGCUUGAAUUAAUUUUUGCUCUCACUCCCCCUCUUGAAUUUCAUUAGACAGACCCUGAAGACUGGCAUUCAAUUUUCAAAACAUAAACGUGGGGAAAAUUGGGAAAUUAGAAGUGUUUUAAUUAUUAGGGGACCGCAGCAACGAGCUCUGGUCUGCUUCCUGUGUCGAGGGCUCUGCUCUAGAUAGCUGUGCGCAUGAAAGCAACUGUCACUCGCUUGUGUUUACUAGGAAACAUUAAAUGAAUACAGAUCCUGAAA